UACAAACGAAAGAGAAAAAAGUCAGCAGCAAUAUACAAAACGAGAGAGAUUGAUUUUGUGUGCGCUCUUCUAUCGAAAUUCGAUCAUCAUCGAAUAAUUCGUUUUAAUUUAUUUUUAUUUUUUUUCGCAUGUGUGAAUUCAUUUUUAUUGUGAAUUUUGCUGAAUUGACCCGUGGGUUUUCAACGAAAAAGAAACAACAAUGACGAAAAACUACGAGAACAUCAUUUCAACAUGAAAAUGACAGCAAUAAAAUGUGGUGCGAAGUGUUAAAUUACGGCUGAAACGUCAUUUAAGUGGUCAUAGAAUAAAUAAGACGUAAGUGAAGCGGCGAAGAAGAAUUAUUUAUUAGAAGAAACAAAAAUUGAGAACAAAUCGAGAAGACAAAGAGUGGCGAGCAAGAAAAUAUCAACAACGUUUCGAUAAAAAAUUGACCCUCGGAUCAUAAAGUUCAAACCAAAACGAAAUUUAUAGUAAACUUCUAAACAAAACAGCCACUUUUUAAUUCAAAGGCAUUCAUAAAAGCUAGUGGAAAUCAAAAAAAGGGAAACGACGCAACCAAAACAUACGCUACACGAUUGAAUCAUCAACAUCAUUCAUCAAAGACGUGUCUAUUAUUAAAUUUGAUUACGUAAAGAGUUAGCGACGACAACGACGACUCAACAAAGCUCAUCGACAAAACAUUAACGGCAAUGGGAAGUGUUUGGAAACGAUUGCAGCGUGUUAAUAAACGAGCGGCAAAAUUUAACUUUACAGCUUCUUAUCAUGAUCUGAGAGUAGAGACCACCGCCAAAUGGCGACCAACGAAUUUGGCGAUUGUAUGGACAAGACGAUCGAGACGUGUUGCAUCGACACCAUUACCAUGGGAACCCGAUAUGGUAAAUCCACUUAUGGGCCAUAUUUCAUGGGCCGUGCCCGACAAUCACACAAUCAACGUUACAUUGUUCAAAGAUCCACGAACGCAUGAGCUUGAAGAUAAAGAUUGGACUUUUGUUAUCGAAGAUGUGUCACAAAUGGGUAAAAAGCGUGUACUUGCAUCGGCCAGCAUCAAUAUGCGAAAAUAUGCCAGCGUUGAUCCAACACAGCAAUCGUUUACAUUGAAACUAAAGCCGGUUUCACGGAAAAUCAGUUCGGCCGAACUGGAACUUACUCUAAGCUGUGUUUUCUUACGUGAAGGAAAAGCGACUGACGAGGAUAUGCAGAGCAUAGUUUCGUUGAUGUCAGUAAAUAAUAAUUCGGACAUUGCACCAUUGGAUGACCUUGAGGAUAUUCCGGAUUUGGAGAGUUUUGGUGAUAUAUCCGAACAUGUUUUAGAUUUUGCAGCACAAUUGGAUCAACUAACCGAAAGCCUAACUAAUUCAGAGCUUGCAACACCAAUGAGCGCACCUUCAUUAACGGAGGAUCCAACGCCGUUGGCGGAGCAGCAAAAUUAUCCCGAUUUUGAAGAAGAUCAGCAGCCGCCUUGUCUAGCAACACCAACUCCAGUCGUUGAAAAAGCAAUCAUCGAAACACCGGAACUGAAGAAUUCGUUAGUUGAUAGGUCAAAAUCGAAGGAUACAUUGCCGAUCGUAUCAUCGAUGGUAGUUGAAAAACCGCCGGCCAAAGAGAUUGAAUCGAAACCAUCGGACGAUAUCACCGAUGCCAAUAAAUCGAAAGAGAUUAAAGAUGUCGGUGGUAAUAAAUCAACCCCCAUUGCACCACCGAUAUAUGUGCAAAAAAUAAAGAAACCCGAUGUAGUUAAAUCUAUAACAAUACAGUCUGUAACGCCUGCCUCAAAUCGAUCAAGUGUCUGUGAAUGGACGGAAAAUACGCUUGAAACUCAAAACAAUGUUAAAAAUAUGGAAAAAUCUCAUUUGACUGACCCUGAAAAAGUAAUAUCAACGACGACAACAACAACAAUCACCACCAUUCCACCAUUGAUAGCUGCCACCAAAACCAUAACAACAAUGACAAAUCAAAAACAAUCCUCAUCACCGCCACCAGUGGUGAAAACCUCCGAAGACCAAGAACGAAGCCGUAUGGAAUUGCAGCCAUUGAAUUUGAAAAAGAAUUAUGACAUUUCAAAAGUAAAUAGUAAAAAUGCAAUGAAAGAUCGAACACCGGGUCAAGAUUUGCUCGAAUGGUGUAAGGAUAUUACAAAAAGCUAUGGCGGAAUCAAAGUUACCAAUCUUACAACGAGCUGGAGAAAUGGCAUGGCUUUUUGUGCAAUCAUUCAUCAUUUUGAGCCGGAUUUAAUUGAUAUGAAAUCGCUUUCGCCACAUGAUGUGGUUGGAAAUUGUCGAAUUGCAUUCGAUGCAGCCGAAUGUUUAGGUAUACCACGGCUCAUUGAACCAAGUGAUAUGAGUUUGUUGGCUGUGCCCGAUAAAUUGGCCGUCAUGACAUAUUUAUAUCAAUUGCGUGCCCAUUUUACCGGCCAUCAAUUGCAAAUCGAACAAAUCGGCAAUACAUCAGACGAAUCCAGCUAUAUCAUUGGAAAUUAUAAAUCCGAUAAUUUACCAUCGCAAAAUAUUUUAUCAUUUGACCAUUUAAAGAAACAAUUGACACAACAGCAUUUACUUGAUGACGAUAUCAUUGAUGAAAAAUCACCGAUUGACAAAAAAGAUGUAAAAAAUCUAAUAUUUACCGGUUCAAAGCAUCUGCUUGGCAAAGUUUUAUCACCGGUUAAAGAUAAACAAUUUCCAACAAAUAAUAAUAAAAUCAAUGGAACGCAAUCGAAUACAAAUAAUGCACCCAAUUCAAAUGUAAAUGCUGGAAAAGAGAAUAACAUUUUAAUGACGCGACGAGAAUUAAAUGAUCCAUUUGGUUCGGAUGAAGAUGAUGAUGAUGACGAUCAACAAUCUGGAUCACAACAAUCACAAAAGACUACAAUAAAUGACGCAAAUAAUGCUGAAUGCCAAAGAAAAAAUAGCAAUGUAAAUAAAGUUGAAUCGCCCAUUACCAAUUUGGAUCCGGCUACAGCAAAUAAACUACUUUCACGGCACAAAGAAAUGAGCGAAAAAGCCAAAACAAUGAUGGAACGUCUGAAAAAUAACACAAGUUCAAUGGAAAAUGGAAAAUUUGAUGGCGAGGACGAACGUCAAGCUAGACUUUUGAAUAAAGCACGUCUCCUGAUUGCCGAAACCCGUGCUCGUUCGAUAAAUCCCGAUUCGCCAACGUCACCGACCAAAUCGAUAACGCAUCGCAUUACAUUGUCGCCAGAGCGCACAAUAUCGCCAAUCAAUAAUACGGAUGGUUUCAAUUUUACAUCAAACAAAUCGAGUAACAGCAAAGAGAAUUCGCCAAUCAAACAACGAAACAAUCACAGUCCAUCACCUCGUAUCACACCACCGCGUGAUGUUGAAAAUAAUCAUAGCCAAAGUCCAAAUCAAAAUAUUGUGUUCAAUGAAAAGAACGGCAAUUCACCGACACUGCAAAGUUUCAAUUCGGUAUUGGAAAGUCUGUCACCACAACAUGAAAAGAAGAUAUCGUACAUUGAGAGUGAAUUAGAAGCUUUGGAACGUGAACAAGAAGCAAUCGAUUUGAAGGCUCGAGCAUGUGAAAAGAAACUACGACUUGUGAUGAAUGGACAAACAACAAACGAAGACGAAACGGAAGAACAAUUGCUAUCUCAAUGGUUCACUCUAGUCAAUAAGAAAAAUGCUCUAUUGAGACGUCAAAUGCAAUUGAAUAUUUUAGAGCAAGAAAAUGAUUUAGAAACAAAAUACGCUCUAUUAAAUCGUGAAUUACGGGCGGCACUGUCGGUUGAAGAUUGGCGGAAAUCGCAAGCGCAACGUGACCGUGAGGCACUCUUACUCGCUGAACUUGUGACAAUCGUUGAUAAACGCAACGAACUUGUCCAACAUCUGCAUAGCCAAGAGCAGGCCAUUGAAGAUGAUGAUAAAAUCGAACGCGAAUUGGAGAAUGUUGACAUUACAGCGAAAGACAAAUGUGUGAUUCAGUAAAACAACAUUUGCAUCCACGUGUUGUUUGACAAGAGUUAAUGAUAUCAAGCUGUGAAUUAAAUUAUUAUAGUAGCAAAAUGGGAAAUGUUCUCUAGAACAGGGCGGAUAGACCGAAGCAGGCGAUUAAUAUAGUUUAAAAAUUGAUAUAUUACGGCUUUAGAACAAAAGAUCUAUGUGAAAUACGUCCGUAAAAAUUAAGAAUAUUGUGCGGUCGCAUUCACAUGUCGACAGCAAUCAAAUUGAUUUUUUUUUGGUCAAAAAAUGUACAAUUUAGGAGAGAAAACAUCGAAAGAAAAAUUCGGAAAAAUGGAUUUAAUUCAAACAUUUGCAAUUGUUCAGCAACUGAUCGACCAAAAAUUGUUUUCAUCGGUUUGUGUUGAAUAGAAACGUAAGGAAUGAUAGAUUUUAUCAGCAUGAAAUUUCUAAUAAACGAAUCAAUAGACACACAUCAA